UAGAUCUACAUGAUCUAUAUUUCGAGACUCUAGCACCCGUACUCGUACGAAAUACUAGAUUUAUGCCUAGGCUAAAGUAAAGAGUAAAAGACUUACAGUCAGUAAAAGUAAAGAAUGAUCUACAUUUAUAUUUCUAGACUCUAGCACCCGUACUCGUACGAAAUACUAGAUCUAGAUUUAUAUAUUUAGAGAAUUACUAUAAUCAUAAUAAUCAAGAUCAACCUAGUGUCGGGCUUCAGUAAAUUCAAAUUUGUCACUAGACUGUGACUAGAGUCUAGAUUCUAAUAAAAUAUUUAAUUUUAACAGACUUGACUAUGACGACUGUCACUAUGUUCCAUGAACAUGGCUCAUAUUGGUUGGGGACAUCUUAAAGAUUCUGAAGGUUAUGGCAAACUGGGUGAUAGUAUAAAUGACUACAGAGCUGUAACUAAAGAAGAACUGAGCACUUUAGAGUCCAGCACAAUAAAUUUGAAGCAUGCUGCACAUGGUAUGAUCUUUGCCAAGAAGUCAAAUUUAUUGUGGAACCUUUAUGACCAAAAAGGUCUUGUUAUGAUGCAAGUAAGGUUUGAUGGACUUUUGGGCUUUCCUGGUGGACUGGUGGAUGAUGGUGAAAAGGCUGUGGAUGGCAUCAACAGAGAAAUGCAUGAAGAGAUAGGUCUUGACCUACAUAAAUAUUCCUUUACAGAAAAUCAUCACAUAGCCUGCUAUUAUCAGGAAAUGAAAAAAAUGAUUCUUCAUUUUUAUUUAAUGGAGGUAUCACCUGAAGAUUUUGCCACUCUAGAACAGAAAACAUUAAGUGCUGAAGAAUAUGGAAUCGAGACUUGUGGUAUUGUGAGAGUCCCCCUGUUUACCAUGGGAGAUGGUGUUAGAGGAUUCCCUGCUUUUCUUGCUAAUCAGUUUGCUGGAAAUGCUAGAGCUGAACUUAUACAUGGAUUAUUAGAAGCAAAGUUAUUUAGUGAAUCAGAGAUGGGAACAGCCCUCAAAGCUUAUAAGGAUUAUGCAGAAAGUAUAAAAAGUAAAACACAUUUAUGAAAAAUGUAAAACUAGGAUAGUUCACUUUGUGGAUUUUUUUUGUUGUUGUGUGGUAAUUCAUAGAUAAAAUUGGCCAUUAUGUGGAUUUUUGUUCUUGUUUGGGAAUUCAUAGAUAAAAGAUUAAUUUAUGUUUUACAUGCAGUUUUCAAACCCUAUUUAUUGGAUUAAUUUUGUUCAAUAUAAGAUUUCACAUAUGAGUGACUUCUGCAAAUAAAAACGAAGUCAUUAGAAAAUAUAGGAUAUCUAACUUUUACCGGUACAGUAAUUUGUUUAAAUCUACUACCUUUCCCCAUCCCUUAAUCUAUUGGAUCGUUGGGGCAUCAUGCAAGACUCGUUGACUGUCUUUCUCCAUUCCUCUCUCUUUUUUGCCUUAGUUAUAACCUCUUUCCAUGGUAGGCCUGUCCCUUCUUUUAUGUUGUCCUCCAAUCGCGUUCUCUAUCUGCCUCUUCUUAUUUUCCUGGUACUGUUCCCUGAAUGAAGGUCUUUGUGAGCCCAGAAGAUCUUGUUAUUUAGCUGUAGAGUUUAAGCUUGCGUUUUUUUAGGAUACAUAGCAGGUCAUCAUGGGGACCAAUUGCUGCAGUAACCCUGUCUCUAAUCUCUUGGUUUAUGAUGGGGUCUUUGAAUUUAAACCCACUAUAUUGUUUAAAAGCAAGUUGUUAUUUAAACUUUGAACACCCUAAACAUUCCUCCACAUUUUAUACAAUACAAAACAAUUACUGGUACCUAGCAACACUAUGCUUCCCAAAGCUACAAGAGUAGUCAUUUAUUUUCUAGACAAUAUUUAUUGUUGAUAUAUAUAUAUAUAUAUAUAUAUAGAGAGAGAGAGAGAGAGAGAUUUAUGGUUAAGAUUUGGUAUGUUAAUUAACUUCAGGAAAUACUAAAUAUCAAGUGCACGUGCACUAAAUACUGGUACUUAAAAAAUCCAAAACAAUAUUAUUUUGUAUUAUCAAUAAAAUUAUUUCUGCUAAAAAAUAUGAUAUAUAUAUAUAUAGUGUUCAUUAUACUUUUGGAGUAUUUUUUUUUAUAUCAAAAUUAAAUCAAUGUAGUCUU